CCCCAACCCCCCCAGACCUGAGUGAAGACAAGCUAGCCAGUCCUCUGCUGCUGUUGCUGCUGCUCCUGCUAACAACUUAAGAGCGGAACUCAGCACAGGGAUAUUUACAGAGCGCUGCUCGUCAUUAGCAUGCUGAAGUUGAGGCGCAGCAGUAAAUGCCACGGCCUCCUUCACCGUCUCCCGCUGAUGAGUAGCGGCGCAUCGAGCGCCGCAGAGAGAGCUAACGACAACAUUCACAAGUUGCUCGUCAAGUUGAUUUUAGCUAGUUGCGUCGUUUUGACAGCUAACGCUAACUAGCUAGUCUCGUUCGCUUUCGACGUCAGUUUCAAAACAAAGCCCGCACAAAAAGCCGUGAAGUUGAGACUCGAGUGACACCAGGAGGACGUCGUAUCUGCGCUAAAGUCCAAACCAGACGACUGCGUGUGCUUUACGCUACGGAGCUGAGGUGUCGCACACGCCGUUAAAAAGCGGGAUUGUCAUUAUUCGCAGAGUAGAACCUGGUCAGCAGGUAUAAAUCAGUGUCGCGUUUUAAUCACCGAUUAUUAAUCCAGCAGAUACUGUUCCGCUAGGACCAUAACACACGUCAAGUUUUCUCCUUGGAUUUAAAUGUCCGAGAAGAGUUCAUCGUCCGGUUCGGACGAGGAUGUGGACCCGGAAUCUGUACAGCCUGUGGAGCACGGAGGCGUUUUAAGCAAGUGGACAAAUUACAUACACGGAUGGCAGGACCGAUGGGUCGUGUUGAAAAACAACACCUUGAGCUACUACAAGUCGGAAGAUGAACGGGAGUACGGCUGCAGGGGGUCCCUGUGCCUCAGCAAAGCUGUCAUUACACCUCAUGAGUUUGACGAGUGUCGUUUUGACAUCAGCGUCAACGACAGUGUUUGGUACCUCAGAGCCGAAGAUCCCGAGCACAGACUCCAAUGGAUUGAGUCGAUAGAACUGCACAAGGCCGAGUCCGGUUAUGGUUCAGAAACCAGUCUGAGGCGUCAUGGUUCCAUGUUGUCUCUCACCUCCGCAGCCAGUGCCUUGUCUGCGACGUCCACGUCCUCUUUCAAGAAGGGGCACAGGCUGCGUGAGAAGCUAGCAGAAAUGGAAACCUUUCGGGACAUUCUGUGCAGACAAGUGGACACCCUGCAGAAAUACUUUGACUCCUGUUCUGAUGCUGUCUCUAAAGACGAAUUUCAGAGAGACCGGGUAGAGGAUGACGAAGAUGAAUUUCCAACCACUACAAAAACGGAUGGGGAAUAUAAUCACAACAACAAUGGCAGCAAAGAGAAAUUGUUCUCCCCGGCCAGUCCCAAAGGUAUGAACGGAAUAGACUUUAAGGGUGAGGCCAUUACCUUCAAGGCCACAACAGCAGGCAUUCUGUCCACCCUGUCCCACUGCAUCGAACUCAUGGUCAAACGAGAGGACAGCUGGCAGAAAAGAUUGGACAAGGAGUUGGAGAAGAGGAGGAGGGUAGAAGAUGCCUACAAGUGUGCUGUGCAUGAACUGAAGAAAAAGUCACACUACGGGGGCCCAGACUAUGAGGAGGGACCAAACAGCCUGAUCAACGAAGAUGAAUUCUUUGAUGCAGUUGAAGCCGAACUGGACAGACAAGACAAGAUAGAGGAGCAGUGUCACUCAGAGAAGGUCAGGAUAUCCCGACCGUCCUCGGUUACUCCCGGUGACGUCUACUCCACGAUCGGCACACACCGCUUCACCAACAAGCCCCAUAGCCAUACUUCUUCCCUGUCCUCCGUUGAGCUAGUCAGUGCUUCAGAUGACAUUCACAGAUUCAGCGCUCAGGUGGAGGAGUGGGUGCAGAACCACAUGACUUAUUCCCUCCAGGACGUGGGUGGAGAUGCCAACUGGCAGUUGGUAAUAGAGGAAGGAGAGAUGAAGGUGUACAGGAGAGAAGUGGAAGAGAAUGGCAUCGUCCUGGAUCCUCUCAAAGCCACACAUUCUGUGAAGGGGGUGACGGGACACGAGGUCUGUCACUACUUCUGGGACACGGAUGUGCGAAUGGACUGGGAGACAACCAUUGAAAAUUUCAACGUUGUGGAAACACUUUCUGAUAACGCCAUCAUUGUUUACCAAACACACAAGAGAGUGUGGCCCUCCUCUCAGAGAGAUGUGCUCUAUCUGUCAGCCAUCAGGAAGAUCAUAGCAACAAACGAAAACGACCCAGACACAUGGCUGGUCUGCAACUUCUCUGUGGAUCACAAAGACGCGUCUCCCACAAACAGGUGUGUUCGUGCCAAAAUCAACGUCGCCAUGAUCUGCCAAACGCUGGUCAGCCCACCAGAGGGCGAUAAAGAGAUCAGCAGAGACAACAUCCUUUGUAAGAUCACUUACGUUGCCAAUGUAAAUCCAGGAGGCUGGGCUCCAGCUUCAGUCCUCAGAGCUGUCGCCAAGAGAGAAUAUCCCAAGUUCCUGAAACGCUUCACCUCCUAUGUCCAGGAAAAAACAGCUGGGAAGUCCAUUCUCUUCUGAACACUAACAGGUUUGAGGACCGUAUUUGCCUGCUGCGGAGACGACGUUCGGCAUUAAACAGGCUCUCGAUGACCCAUUGACCUGACGGCGAGAUCAGACGUCUGCCUGCAGGAGACCGCAUCUGUCAUCCGGAGAGAACACGUGUUUGUAGAGGAGACUGGUUUUACAGCUUUAAUCCAUCAUCACUUCUCAUCCCAGCCACAUCAAUACUGGCUCAACACCAUCAGUUGGACACGGCUGCAAUUAUAUGUAAAUUCAAGUUUCUUAUGUGGUUUUCAAAUUGUUUUUUGUUGUUGUUUUUUUUGUAAAUUUUUUUGUACAUUUCUUAAAAUAACAUACAUCAUGAUUAUUAUUAUUAUUAUUAUUAUUAUUGUUGUUGUUGUUAUUAUUUGGGUUUGCUUUAAUCACUAGUAUUACAGCUCCAUGUUUUGCUGCUGCUAAAGUAACUACCAUGAGCAAGGAAAGUAGAUAGUGACAGGAACAGCGUUGAUGAGGUGUGGUACAGUGUUUCCUCUUUUUAUGCCUUCUCUUGUCCCUCUCGUGACGACUCACCGCAGUUUGAUGGAGGGGCCAGAGCCUAAAGCUUUGAGAUCUUUAUAUUUAUAGAUUGUUAUAAAAUAGCUUUUCCGAGAGAGAGAGAGAGACCGUGGACACGAUGUAUUGUACAGAGACUUAAGUGUUCAGUUAGUUUACCAAUGUGAGAAAUGUGAAUUGACUGUUAAGCGCUUGAAUUACUGGUGGUCCAAGGAAGUGGGAGAUUUUUUUUUCCAAAUCUAAUUUACCAGAUUUAAACUGAUCAUGAUCAAUGCACAAAUAUUUGCCAUAAAAAAUGUAAAGUCCCUCUCUCUCUGAGGGACAUGUGGAAACAUUUCACACACUUAAAAAAAUGAUUUUUCACCAUCUUCAGCCCCCCCAAAUCUGUCCAUUUAUGAGGAGUCCUGUUGCUAUGGGCCUUUUUUGUUUUCGCAUGUUUAAGCCGGUUUAAAACACAGGUGUGACAUGAACCAUGGCUCUGUUCAUGUCAUGUAAGUCAGGACAGUGCGACGGUGAACGUUGAUGGAAGUUACUACAGUGAUUUUUCCCACUCUGCAAAGGCUCAUCCUGUAGGUAAACACUGUAAAAAUAGCUGCACAGUUAGUUCCCUGUAUCAUAUUCUCAGACGUACUCUAAAAAUGACAUUUCACACGCCACACUACAGUGCAGUGGUUUUCCUGCCCUUUGACUGAUGAAACUAAAACCCCUUUAAUGCCUUAGACUCCAGGAUGAAGCCUAAAGAUCCAGCCUGGCUUUGUCCUUACUGUACAGCUACCACCAGAUGUGCAUUUAUCGACACUGAAAACAAACCAAGCAGGAGAGAGACAGAGGGAGGGUCAGCAUUUCACGUCAUCGUACCUCAGCAUUUUAGUUUGCUCUACUUUCUGUUCAAUGCCAUCGUAUGUUGGGAGUUUUUGCAAUCAGUAGAUCAGAGGGCAUAAACAUCAGGAUCGCUAUUGUCUAAAGGGGCGGGGGUCAAAGUUCAGGAAGGAUCCAGACCGUCGUUUUGUUUUUCUGAUGAUUACGAGAGAGCGAGCGAGCGAGAUCUACGAGCGGUGUCAGCUGAAGAAUGCAUUUAUCAUUUUUUAAGUCUGAUAUUUUGUCAGUAAUCGACACACUUUGUAUAUUUUCUAAGUUGAACAUCAGAAGUGUUAUCAUUUGCACUAAAUGUAAUGCAAUUUGACAAUGUUCUGUAAAUUAAAAAUUGUUACACAAGA